AUGAGUUUACUACUACCCGGCGAAACGUUGAAGGAGGCCGAGAAACGCCUUGGAUUCCAACUCGAUAAGAGGCCUCCCAAAAUGUACAACGCAACCCAACAAGAAAUGACUGCUCGUGGAAGAGCAUGGUUAGCCUCCGAACCACUCUGGUCCAAGGAAAGUCGGAUGGGACCUGUGCCCUCAUGGACGGGGGUAAAAAUCAUGGGCGAAGGCGGGAAUGGCACAGCGGGAAAAUGGAGGUUAACAUAUCGGCAACCUCCAGAGGGCACGCCGGGUCGAUUACCCUUCGAAAGAAUAGUCGUGAAACAGCAAGGAGGUGGCUGGGGAGACAUGCGAGAAGAAGCGCAAAUGUACGAGUUGCUGCGACAUACGAAAUCGCAACAUCUGGUGAAGAUGUUUCGGAGGAUCUAUGAGGAUCGAGGUCUCAAUACGGUGUAUGCGGAUAGAACUGGUCCUGUAACUAGGAUAUAUUUGGAAGAUUGUGAGAAGGGAGAUCUCUCAAAUUGGAUAUUUAUGCACUUCCAUGAUAGAAUUAUAUUUGAGGAACAUGAGAUAUGGGAUGCUUUUCAUUGUAUAGCCCGCGGUCUAUACGCGAUGCAUUCUGGACACGAAGAUCUGAAUGAGGACCGAUGGGAUCGGGAUGAGAUAGUUCACUUUGAUUUUAAAGGUCAAAAUGUUUUUAUGGGCGCUGGUCCCAGAGAUGAUGAACAUAGAGGAUCAAAUAUAAUGAAGAUUGGUGAUUACGGACAUAGCGCAGAGGUACCCCUUGAGCAAGACCUACUUUACAAUUUCAAACAUAGACGCCUUGGAACAGAGAGGUAUAAGUUACCUGAACAACUUAGAACUCGAGAACGUCCGUUGGAAAGACCGUGGAUGGAUCCAAUGCCUAAAUCCAUGCGUGAAGCAGGCGAUGGGAAUAUUCUCAACAAUAUUCGCUAUGGAACUCACUCGAAUGUAUGGCAACUCGGAGUAAUAAUUUGGCAAAUGAUACACACAACUGAAUGGUGCCAGGAUGGAAACUCAUCACUUGCAUAUUCGACAAUUGCCGACUUGGAAUGGGGAGGUGAUGAAAAACGCCGAGGGCCUGGUCCCCCGGGAAGAUUUAGACUUAAACUUUAUAAAGUAGCGAAUAUCUGGCUAGGAUUAAAUGAAGAAGUAGGUGGAGUGCAUACACUUGCUACACAAGAUGAUAUAGAUUUCUACAAUGGAGCGUACGAUGCACUGCCAUCUGAAUCCGAGGGCGAGAUAGAUCCAGACCAGCCUGAGGAGCAGAAGCCUAUGGCUAAGUUAAAGAGAGAUAUCGAAAAUCGAGCCAGAGAACAAGUUCGCAGGGAUCGAUUGUACAGUGACACCCUGCACAAAUUGGUAAUGGAUUGUCUGAUCGUACAAGGCGAAGCUCGAAUUCAUGUCGAAGAUCUAUACCGAAGGACCCUACAAUUUAAGAAAUUGUAUCAAGAUCUAGCAACUCCCAUGCUUCCAGCUCCCUAUUCCCCCGAACCCGAGCUCGGAGAGCUUCCGAUUCCAUGGAACGACAUCACAACCAGGCCAGGGGGAGGUCUUGGCCUGCCUGUGAGGGAAGAAGAAGAAUCCUACCCACUCGAUCUUUUCGAACUAUUUUAUGCGACCGUGGAGCAUGAAAAAGUAGAAGAGGUCCUAAAAUUUGUUCGAGAGAAUCCUAUUGAUGCCAUGUCCGAAUACGAGACUGUUCAUACACGCGCGCUGGUCAUGAGAAACAGAGUAUCUGUUAAUAACUACCUGUCGAUGUCAAUGAGAGCACAGGGCCAAAGAACAAAACCACAAUACAAAGUGCCCGCUCCAUUUCCAGAAAAUUGGAAACAUGCAGUACUCCAGGACAACUCAAGAAGAGGUGGUCUUUUCCCCGGUGUUCCUCAGACCAGUCUUACUCAGCAACAACAAGGUGUGCUGAGAGUCAUGAAUCCUAGCAGAGGACCCCCACUUUCUACGGUAAGGGAAGGUGAUGAACGGCCAACUCACAAUCAAGGCAGCCCAAGGGGACCUAAGGAUUUCUCUUAUGAAGCUGACGCCACGCCAAGUUAUUUGAGACAAUUUGAGUCUACGCCUGAACAUAUGAAACCAGUGUCCCAGAGGGAAACUCCUGAACAUAUGAGAGGGCCAACAAGAUCAGCCGGGUAUGCGGGGGGAGAUUUGGGAGGUUUCGAAGACUUUGGAGAUUACGAAAGAAUUAAAAUAACAAGCGCAUCAGGCGAAGGACGAGGCAGGCGCCAUUUUGGAAGUCAUACGUCUAUGGAAUCGAUAGACAUCGGAGGAGGAAUCGUAAUAGGUGGAGCCAGAGGGAGAAGAGCGUCCCGGAAAAAAUCUUCCGAAAAAGUUGUUUGGCCCGAGUUCCCCCUAGGCUUACAAAAAGAAGUCGACAAACCCUUUCUACUCCGCGCUCUUGAGAUCCCUGAACUCAAGGGUUCGAUUUUAUUUUGCACCGUUAUUGAGUUCAAGGGCCAAGAGGAAGUUCUAAAAGGCAUUGUAUAUUUGACCGGAUUACUGAACGGGACGACGAUAUAUGACAUGAAAGAAAUGUUGGCCGAGAGAGAGACGGGAAUUCCGGUAAAAUCGAUGAAGUUGAUGGGAAAUGAUCUUUUAUCGGUUUUUAGGGAAUUCGAGGAUGAGGAGGAGAGAAGAGCGAUUCAUGGGAUUGAACUUUUCCUUUACGAUCUUAGGACUGACGAGAAAGAGGAAGAUGUUUAG